UCUUGGAUCACAUGGAAAAACGUCAUUUUAUGCUAAUUAAUUUGUGAUGUCAUUUCCGGUUCCAAUAACCAAAUGAGUAUAUAUGUGUUGUUUUUAUGCAUAUUUAGCAUGUCUGAGGAAAAGGACGGAGCGUCCUUGAAACGUGUUACAUGUGAAUAAAAGUUACCCAUACUUAGCUUGUGGACAGCGCUAUCAUCUAUCCCUCAUCCCCUCACACCUGGCUGGUGUGAAAACUCUGCCGUUCUUAUUCCCACGCUGUUGCCUGGGCGGGAUAUAGCUGCAGUCCACAUCGGAUUGUUGUGCCUCUAUCCUAGCACAACUAUAUCUGGUGAGUCCUUUCAUUAAAGGGUCCCCCCCUUUUUUUACAGUCAAAUCGUUCUACACAUUGGAGCAUUCUGUUUUCUUCUUCUUCUUCUGUGAUUGAUAUAGCCUGGCUAAACCACAUUGAUCUGUAUGAGGAAUCUACCGAUUCCUCCUAAAAGUCCCCUAAGGGGACUAAAAGUGUAAAAAAAAAAAAAAAAAAAAAAAGUUUUAAAAAACACCCAUUAACCACUUCCAUAUUAAAAGUUUGAAUCACCCCCUUUUCCAAAAUUCCAUAUAAGAAAUACGUAAACAUAAUAAAAAUAAACAUAUGUGGUAUUACCGCGUGUGUAAAUGUCCGAACUAUAAAACAUAAUGUUAAUUAAACUUCACAAUCAAUAGCAUACACCGUGGGUGUCAAACAUGCGGCCAACAAUGAAUAUCUUUCUGGCCCGGCAAAGAUAUUCAUUGCUCUGGUUACCUGGAAACGGGCAGAGAUAAAAUAAAAAAGUCAGAGGCUGUCCAGGAGCGGUUGAAGGAUGGUGGAGGCAGUCCAAGAGAAGUUGGAGGCUGUCCAGUAGCUGACAAGCGGUCCAGAAGAGGAUGGAGGCUGUCAGAGGCAGUCAAGGAGCUGUUGGAGGCGGUCCAGGAGAGGAUGGAGGUGCGCAGAGGUCAACGUCAUGUCCUGAUGUGACGUCAUCAGGCUGCUCCUUAAAGGAGUUCUGACACAUGCUGCGGACGGCACCAUUGCGGCUAUAGACACAGGACACCAGAUUGACAAGGCAACAAAGAAGACAAGACAUUUCAAGGAUCAGAGGGAGGAUGGCCAGGAGCAGCCGAAUACAACCAACAAACCAAGAAGAUUGGUUCCUAGCAUGCCUUCAAAAUGCCUAGGACAGGAUAAAGAAAACAUUCAGCAAAGAGAAGUUGAAAGGGGUAAUCCAGGAUGAGAAAAUCAGAGCUGAUUUCUUCUGAAAACUGCACCACCUCUGUCCUAAUGUUGUGUGUGAUAUCGCUGCUCAAUUCUUCAAAAGGGAAUGGAGAAAACUUGUAAUAUUACAUACAACAUGAGGACAGGUAUGGUGCUGUUUUUGGAAACAAAUAGCUCUGUUUUCUAUUCCCUUUUAACAAACUCCUAGGAUGCAGCAACAUUCAUCUGAUGGACGGCACAGGCAACAAAGAAGACAAGACAUUUCAAGGAUCAGAGGGAGGAUGGCCAGGAGCAGCCGAAUACAACCAACAAACCAAGAAGAUUGGUUCCUAGCAUGCCUUCAAAAUGCCUAGGACAGGAUAAAGAAAACAUUCAGCAAAGAGAAGUUGAAAGGGGUAAUCCAGGAUGAGAAAAUCAGAGCUGAUUUCUUCUGAAAACUGCACCACCUCUGUCCUAAUGUUGUGUGUGAUAUCGCUGCUCAAUUCUUCAAAAGGGAAUGGAGAAAACUUGUAAUAUUACAUACAACAUGAGGACAGGUAUGGUGCUGUUUUUGGAAACAAAUAGCUCUGUUUUCUAUUCCCUUUUAACAAACUCCUAGGAUGCAGCAACAUUCAUCUGAUGGACGGCACAGGUGUCGUGUCAACUGUGUCCCUCUAUAUACACCAGAAGACUCAUCUACAGCUAUCUUAUUUGUGUUUAUUGUUGACUACUCUACAGAACAGCUAUACAGAAGACUCAUCAACAGCUCUUUUCUUUUGCUUUAUUGUCUACUACUUAUCAGAGCCGCUUUUCAGAAAAUGCCGGGCUGCAUUGUCAACGGUUGCAAGUCAAGGAGCGUAAAAGGCGACCAUAAUAUCAUCAUGCAUUCCUUCCCAAGAGAGAGGGAUCAUAUCAUGGCAUGGCUAUUGGCUACAGAUACAAAAUUGGCUACAAAAUUGAUGAACUGGUUGACCACAUUCAUCUCUCUAAAACGAACAAUUAUCGGCUCUGCUCAGCCCAUUUUAAAACUACUGACUAUACCUUUAAUCCAAAUACAGGAAAACAGAGGCUCACCCCCUUUGCCGUUCCUAGUAUUUUCCCUACACGGGAUAUACAAGUUCAAGCUGCCGAGGCAGUUGAGGCUGAAAUCCUGAAUCCUCAAAAGAGGAAAAGAUUGGAUGAAGACGUAGCUUCAACCAAUGGUUUAAAGCCAGGGGAAAUGUGCCCAACCUGCCGAAAUAUUGUACCUCAUGUUAACCCAACUGAAACGGAGCCACAAGCCUCAGAGAUAACGAAAAAGGAAGCAGCAACUAUAUUUGACAGGAAUUGGGGAACCGGAAAUCAGUGUAUACAAGUAAAACCUACAACUUUCUCUAUAAAAAUACAAUGCAGAAGACUGGUUAGAAAAAAAAUCUUGAGAAAAAAAAAAUCAAGACAAAGCUUGGUAUUUGGAAACCUGCCUUCGGAGCCAUUGCAAGGUGCCAGUGUAAUAUUUUCGACUCCGAAAAAAAAUAUAGGACCAACUGGAUCAGCAACUCUUAACAGUGUACCUGAGUUUCAAGAAAGUUGUAGAGCUAGACACGAACUACUACCUGCCACGCUUUUAUCCAAAUUGACAAUUUGACCCUGAAGUCACUGUUAUUGUGGAGGAAUCUACUCUGCAUGCCCCUAUAUCUGUUUUAGAAGUAGAUAAAAGUUUAUCAACAAUCACAACUCCAGUCUCAACAAAUGAAAGUAGUUCAAGUGAUGAUGAGGGAGACUCAGUUCAUUCAGAUGAUGAAGACUACGAAGAAGAGGACAGUCAGCAUGUGCUGAGUGAAAAAUUUGGAAAUGUAAAUGUACCACAUCAUGAAGAAAGAAAAUUCAUAGUUUAUGAAAGCUGUUUGGACACAUUACUAUACAAGAUGCCUUGUACCUCUAAUCCACCCUGCAACAAAAAAAUACUAAGAGUGUAUAAAAAAACAAAGGGAUCAUAUAUUUCAGUCUUUGCUGAAUGCGAGGCCAAACAUUUAAAACGCAUAUGGCAGAGCCAGCCCCGAUUGGGAAAGAAACCAUUUGGAAAUUUACAGUUAGCUACUGCUAUCAUUACUAGUGGAAACACUUACAUCAAAAUCCAACAGUUCCUAAAAAUAUUUAAUAUUUUGGGAAUUAGCCAGGCUACUUACUACCGUAUCCAAAAAAUAUAUAUAUUUCCUGCAAUUGAAAAUUCUUGGACAAUUAAUCAAAAAUUAGAAAUGGAAAAAAUAUCACAACAUGCAGUAUGUGUUGCUGGAGAUGGACAAUGUGAUUCACCCGGGCACAGUGCAAAAUAUUGUAUAUACACAUUGAUGGAUGUAGAAACUAACAAAAUAUUGAAUUUCAACAUUCAACAAAUCGGUAUUGGUUUAUCCUCUGUUGCCCUUGAAAAAAUAGCGUGCAAGAAUGCCUUGGAAUUUCUACUGCAAAAUAAAGUGGACAUAGACAUCGUUUGCACUGACCGGCACGUAUCCAUCAAAAAAAUGCUGCGUGAGGAAUAUAAAACAAUUGGUCACCAGUUUGAUGUCUGGCACUUAGCUAAAUCUAUUGGAAAAAAGCUACUUGCCGUCAGCAAAAAAAAACAAAAAACUGCCAAGAUUUAGCAGAAUGGAUAGGACCAAUUAAAAAUCAUUUAUGGUGGAGUUCUAAUACUUGUGAAUGCAAUCCAGAUGAACUUGUAAACAGAUGGAACUCUGUCUUGUACCAUGUCACCAACGUUCAUUUUUGGAAGGAUCAUAAUGGUCAGGAAUCAUCUUGUCAUCAUGACCAACUCCCUGAGGACAUUCAGUCCACCCGAAAAUGGUUAAAAAAACAAAGUGCCUGUUAUGUUGAACUUGGAAAAAUUGUCAUGGAUACAAGACUACAAAAAGACCUUAGACAUCUUAGCAACUUUUGUCACACUGGAGAUCUGGAAGUGUUUCAUAGUUCACUAACAAAAUACAGGCCUAAAAGACUUCAUUUUAGUACAGACGGGGUGUGUGCUCGAACACAGCUUGCUGCUCUUGACCAUAAUUAUAAUGUGAAUAGAGUGCAAGCAGUUGUUACAAGAGAGACUGAAACUAGCGGACCUUUAGGCACACCGAGGUACAAUCUUGCCUAUUCAAAAGCCCGGAAAGAGUGGUUUGUACGAUCAGUGUAUGAGCCAACCACUCAGGAAUUCGUCUCGAAAAUCAUGCAGGAUGUAAUGGGACUUGCCGAUGGAAACAUUUCCAUAGACUGGACCUCUCGCCGGUCAACAAUGCCUUCUAAUAUAGCACCAAUUGAAAAACCAGACAAACAAUCAAUGGUUGAAAAACACCACUCAAGAUUUUAAUUUUUUACUUGUUUGUUAUGUGCUAUAUACUUGUUUAUGUGCUAUAUUGUUUAACAUGCAUAUUCAUGUAUAUUUUCAUGAGUAAAAAAUACUUUUUUUUAUUAAUGGUUUAUUAUUAUAGUGUUGUUUAUUUAAAAAUAUUAUUACUACUUGUUUUUGUGAAAUGUUUUCAUUACAGAAAAUAAAUUUUAAUCAUCAAUUGUUAAAAAAAAAAACGUAAAUCAAAAAUAUUCAGUUUCAAAGGAACUAAUAUUUUUUUUAUAUGCCAUAUAAGACUACCUUUAAACAAGGUAAAAUUUAUAGAAAACCGGGGGUUAUCUCAUACGCCAGGUGCUGCAGCUGGCCGAGAUACAAGGAGUAUGGAUUAUCUAUUUUUCAGUUGGUAUGUAUUUAAAAUUUCUGCUUUAUAUAGCAACUGACAAAUAAUAUCUUCUCUACUUUGAAUUGUUGCCAUCUUGACUAUUUAUUCCACACACAAUUCUUCACUGUUAAACAUGCAAAACAAACACAUUAGGAUCCGCAAUUAUUUUACGUGGGCAACAGAGGGGUGUAGAUGAGUGUACAUGGGUAACAGAGGGGUGUACAUGGGUGACAGAGGGGUGUAGAGGAGUGUAUAUGGUUUAUAGAGGGGUGUAGAGGAGUGUACAUGGUUUAUAGAGGGGUGUAGAGGAGUGUACAUGGUUUAUAGAGGGGUGUAGAGGAGUGUACAUGGUUUAUAGAGGGGUGUAGAGGAGUGUACAUGGGUAACAGAGGGGUGUAAUUGGGUAACAGGGGUGUAGAGGAGUGUACAUGGGUGACAGAUGUGAAUAGGGGGUAGACAUGAUUGAUGGGGAGGGGGAACAUGUGUGACAGUUAGGACAGGAGGAUGAACAUGGUGACACGGGUGUGGACGGGGGGUUGACAGUUGGGGUGGGUAGAGGGUGGACCUGGGUGACACCGCAGUGACGGUGGCACCGCAGGUAUUACAGCUUCUUCACCAUGGCUCCAUUUUUGCCUCACUGGGCCGCAAGGGGGAGUGGGACACUGUGCGCAGUUCGCACGCAGGCUUCCCUUCCACCCUGCGCCGUCAGUCAUCAGCGAGCAUGCCAGGGCUGGAAAUAAAAAAAUAAAAAAAUCAACGGAAAAAUAAACUCCAACAAUGGGAAGUGUCAAAUGGAAUAGCAGUGUGCCGAGGGACCACGUUUGGGAAAUGACUGGUGUAGACAGAUUAAAAUAGACAAAAUAAAAUAACCACCAUACAAAUUUAAAUAACUAAUUAAUAUAAUAUAAAUAACAAGAUAAAUAAACAUAAAAAAAUUGUAAACAAUAAAAA